CACUGUUUCUCAUAAUGUGUUCUUAUUAUUGUUAAACUACAAAUGGAGCAGUUUCUAAAAGGUCUGCCCAAAGUAGAGCUCCAUGCUCACCUCAACGGUUCCUUGGGCAUUAAAAGCCUAUCUGAUCUUGGCGAGCGAUUGUAUGGAACCUCCUCUGAAGAUUUCCUGAAGUUGUGCGCGCGCUUCAGUCAAUUUGAAAAGGAUAUGGAUGCAUGCUUCGAGAAGUUUGCUUUUGUGCACGAGUUGACCUCCACCCGGGAUGGUCUGCGAUUUGCCACGGAGCUGGCGGUUCGGGAUUUCGCUGAGGACAACGUCCAGUAUGUGGAACUGAGGACCACUCCCAAGGCGAACGAAAACUAUUCACGCAGGGAUUACGUGCAGACCGUGAUCGAUGCAAUCAAGGAAGCUAGCGAAACGUAUCCAGAGAUAACAGUCAAACUACUACCCUCCAUCAAUCGAGCGGAACCAGUGGACGUGGCUGAGGAAACAGUUUCCCUGGCUGUGGAGUUGGCACAGGCUUAUCCAAAUCUUAUCUUAGGCAUCGAUCUAAGCGGAAAUCCAGGCAAGGGGCGGUUCUCCGACUUUGCUCCUAUUCUUGCACAGGCCCGAGAUAAGGGUCUAAAAUUAGCUAUACACUGUGCCGAGAUCGAGAAUCCAUCGGAGGUGAAGGAAAUGCUGCAGUUUGGAAUGUCCCGCUGUGGACAUGGAACUUUUCUUACUCCCGAGGACAUUGAGCAACUUAAACAACGAAGUAUAGCCAUUGAAUGCUGCCUCACCAGUAAUGUUAAGUCGGGAACAGUGCCCAGCUUGGAGGAGCACCACUUGAAAAGAAUAAUGGAGGCAAACGCACCCAAGGUUAUCUGCACGGACGACAGCGGCGUUUUUGAUACCACUUUGACAAAGGAGUUUCUGAUUGCUGCGAAAACUUUCGGUCUAACCCGUCAGCAAUGCAUCGAUUUGACCUUGGAGGCAGUGCAUCAUUCAUUCGCCAGCGAACAGGAGCAAAUACAGAUGGCGGACAGGGUGGGAAACUACGCAGUCAUAUUGGCCAAAUAAAAAUCUGUCAUUGCCCUAAUUUAAAUAAAUAGGGCUUUUAUGUAACACCA